CCUAGUUACUAAAAGAGCAUAGGUGAGUGGUUGAUGUGUUUGUUUGGAAAGAUAGAGUCCCAAUCCUGGAUGCGUGGAGUGGAGGAAGGGAGGCUCCCCAUCCGAAUAGCGAUGCGUCCGUUGUCACCGUCCCAUUCGGUCUCAGGGGAAGGAAAGGACGACUGGUGGACAGGUGCUAGGUGACGGUCCACCACCAAAGGUGAUUGCGAACAUCUGACGGAAGAGAGAACAAGGUAGAAAUCGGGUCGCUCUUGGGGCGGUGCUGAGAUAGGAUAUGCAGUUGAAGUGGCCAUAUCCGCAGUCGACACUAUGGGACAAGAUUGACCAGACUGGCUAUUAAGCUGAGGAGACAAAGCCAGGCUAACGCCGGAGGAGCCUCAGACCAUAGAAACUGAAGGACGCAUUGACGCAGGUUGAGGAUGUGCUCUCGUGUCAGAACCGCAAUGCCUUUUUGGAGGUUGAGGACCGCUCCGUAGUGGGUCCGCCUUUGUGAUGGAUCGAGGGCCGACUUGUCGUGGUUGAUGAGGAACCCAGGUGCAUUGUGAUGUCGAGGGUGAGAGAAGUGCAGGCCCCGGCCUUGUCGAGGAAGGGACCGACAAUCAGCCAGUCAUCUAGGUAUUAAAAAAUGAGGAGAUCACACUGUUGUACAUAGGCGGCGAGUUUCUUGGUGAUCCUGGUGAAGACCUUUGGCGAAGUUGAGAGGCCGAACGGAAGAGGGUCAAGGGGCAGUAUGCAUAAGCAAGUCUUUUCAGCGUACUGUAACAGGCACAUGGGAAAUUUUCAUAUGUAAGCUGGGCAGGGGUAUGUGAAUACAGGAGACUGUACAGUUAACAUAUGUAAAAACAUUAUCGUUUAAGCUUUUUUGACAUGGUAUUCCUAUUGUAUACUUGUUCGUGACAACAUGGUGAUCUCUUGCUCAGCGUAUGGCUGUACGAACAGACAAGGCCAAAAAGACGGCAUUUCGUUCUACAGAUUUCCAAUAAAUUCGGAGAGAAGAGUGAAAUGGGUUGCGGUGUUGAAACGUGCAGACUUGAUGCCGUCCAGCACGAGUAGAAUAUGAAGCGUAUAUUUUGUAUCAGGUAAAAAGAGUGAUAACCCCCUAUCAUCCAACUACGUGCCAUCCUUAUUCUGCUUCGUUACCUCAACGCAGAAGAGGAAAAAGGUGGGAGAAGUGGAGCAGUUUGAACAAAGACAAAACACCAAGCGACGCAAGAAUGAGGAGCAACAGAGGUCUACUAAAGCUGAAGCCCUCCUCAAGCUACAUGUCGCGGUAAAUAAACAGGAGUCAGUUCCUCAAAAAGAUGAAGCUCUGGAACCACAGGAGGAAAGUGAAGAUGAAAAUCCAACAGUUUCUGAGGAAGUUCUGAAGGCAGAAUGUCAAAAUUUGAGGCAGGAGGUUUUCUUACUGAAAGAAAAUCUCUGUCCCUGGAUGAGGAUUCCUUCAAAGACAAUGACACUAAAGUGAAAGACUUGACGGGACUUCCUUCAUAUUUGAUGCUUAUUGCUAUCGUGAAUAAUGUGCUUGGGUACCUUCAUGAAAAAAACAUUCUCACCCCUUUUCAUCAAGUGUUAAUGACAUGUAUGAAACUACGAUGUAACCUCAAUAUGCAGUUCAUUUCAUAUCUUUUUGGUGUUUCCAGGUCAACAAUCUCGCAGGUUUUUAAUGAUGUCAUUCAUGUUAUGGACCGUCAUUUGGUGCCUGCUUUAGUAAUGUGGCGUGACCGUGAGCAGUUGAGAAUGUCCAUGCCAAUGUCAUUCCCAAAGACAUUCAAACAUUGUGCAUGUAUCAUUGACUGUUUUGAAAUUUUUAUAGAGAGAGCCAGUAAUCUAAAAGCUAGGGCACAGAAAUACUCCAUCUACAAAUCACAUAAUACCAUGAAGUAUCUGAUUGGCAUAACACCUCAGGGUUGCAUUUCUUACAUUUCGAAAGGCUGGGGAGGUAGGACCAGUGAUAAAUACAUCACAAAUAAUUGUGGAUUUCUGGAAAAAUUGAUUCCAGGUGAUGUUAUGUUAGCCGACAGAGGCUUUGAUGUUGGGGAUUUUGUUGGCUUAUUUAAUGCCAUUCUCAAAAUUCCUGCCUUUACAAAGGGCAAACAACAGUUGAAUCCAUUGAAUGUGGAGGCCACACGAGUUCUUGCUUCCCAAAGGAUCCACAUGGAGCGUGUGAUUGGUUUCACAAGGCAAAAAUACACCAUGCUGCAAUCAAAUGUUCCAAUCACGUAUUUGCUUAGCGACCAACAUAAUCUAACAACACUUGACAAAAUAGUCCAUGUAGCUUGUGCACUUACCAACCUUUUGGAAUCAGUUGUGCCUUUUGAUUAAGGAGUGAAUUUUGUAAAAAAUUCUUUGCCCAGAACCAGUUAGACAAAGAAGUACACAAAGAAAAACAGAAAUAAUGGAAAUGUCAAAUUCAUGUUUAAUUGAAUGAACAUUGAAAGGGUUAACAAGAAAGGCUUGAGUAAUAAAAAAAGUACAUGAAUUGCUUCUGAAGUGGUGAAUUUAGCAUCAUUCAUCAAAGAGUAGUUUAUAGAUGUAUUUAAAUCGUAUAUGAACAUGUACAAUAAAUUGUUUAAGCAACAUGAAGACAACUGCAAUUCUUGACUCAACUCCAGAAUUCCCUGAAAUGGUUCCAUGGAUAUACUACAGAAUAAAAAUAAGUCCAAAGCCACUGCCCCCCUCCAGACUAUGACAUAUAGUCGCAAUUCAGGGAAAAAAACAGAACACUACAGCAUAGGUACAUGCAAUUUUAUCUGCAAAUAUUUAAUUUAACUAAAUAGAGAACUGGUAGUAAAGCAAAGGAUGUCAUUCCAAUGUUUGCAGGGUGUUGAGUGGAUGUCUACUUUCAAAUUCUCUUCUUGGCUGCUAAAUGUACUCUGCAGUCUGGACAUAACCACUUUCUAUUUGGCAAUUUUUGAGUCCCGGGCAUGUCUGGUGAAAGUUCUUAAUUCUACAAAUGUUCGACUGGCACACCAAAACAUUGCCCUCCACCUGACUAUUUUGGCAGUAGCAUGGCUUCGUCGUUCCAAGAAGGGCCUCUCCAGGAGGGGACUUCCUGGAUUGUGUGUACCACUUCCCAAGCAACUCUGGAUGAAUACCCUGUAGAUAAAACUCUUGUGCGGCUGAUAAACAGCUUCUGAGGAAGUCAUUAUCCAUCUGUAUUUGUUCAAUGAAGAUUUCUUGGCCUGUACCAUCCUGCCGCCACACAACAAAGUCACAAUAUCUGACCUCAGUCAGGACGAG